GCCGCGAAUAGUAAAAUGAAGGAGGUCGUCAACAUCAACGCAGCAUUCUCGUCACCGUCCUCUUCCACUUCUCCCUGUAGUCGGCCUAUCUCUCCCGCCUCAUCACACACAAUUAACAUGACACGGCCAUCUUCAGCAGGGCCUCCCAGGCCUAAGCGAAAGGGUGCACGAAGUGUUUCUACCCUUACUCCCUCACAACUCGCCCGCAAGAGAGCAAACGAUCGAGAAGCCCAGAGGGUUAUCCGCGCCCGCACCAAGGAGCACAUCGAGCGGUUGGAGCGCGAGUUGGAGGAGCGUAAGAGCAUGCAGAGCCGCGACCAGACCGUCCAAGAGCUGUUGCGCCGCAACAAGGCGCUCGAGGAAGAGCUGGUGCGACUCAAGGAGAGCAGGGAAGUGCCAAUGACGUCAUCACCUUAUUGUGUUCCAGUCUGCGACGGAAACCCCAGUACUGGUAGCGAUGCCAUUCCUAGCCCUCGAGGAUCAUCGUUCUCUGACGACUGCAACUCCAUCCCGGACUACAGCCAACAAUACGUCCCUCUACCCAACAACUGCGAAUCCUGGGCGAGCACCGUCCCCUGCCCCGUCCCCUCCAAAGCCUCGAGUCCAUCGUCAUCAGCCGACAACUAUAGCACUGGCUAUAUCCCAACCAGCGUGCCCACUUCAAUCCUCCCCUCCAACAACACAAGCUCCUUAAGUAUCAGCGCCGUGGGCCACAAGGACAUUGCCAAGAUGGAGUAUGACGGCGUGUUCCAUCACGCCACGAUUCCCCAAGGGCAUCCUCUAUCCGACGUGAGGCCUGGCGAGGAGGUUAAUCACACUCUAUGUCUAGACGCAGGAUUUUGCCUCAGCAAUUUGUCGCUGUAG